CACUCAACAAGCCACGCCCCUCAAGAGCGCCGAAACCGGAAAAUACCCCAUUGGCUGAGGAAUGCGGAGACGUUAAGACUGAUUGCUUUUGAAGUCAGCAAAUCAUGGCUGGCUUCAGAUCGGAGGAUGUGGAGCUUUUCUAUGAGAUGGGAGAGGAGUUAGGAAGUGGACAGUUUGCCAUUGUGCGUAAAUGUAAAGAAAAGACCACCGGGACAGAAUUUGCUGCCAAGUUAAUCAAGAAGAGGCGGCUGUCGUCCAGCCGAAGGGGCGUGAGCCGAGAAGAGAUCGAGCGAGAGGUUAACAUCCUUCGAGAGAUCCAGCACAGCAACAUCAUCACCCUCCAUGACAUCUUUGAGAACAAAACCGAUGUGAUCCUCAUCCUGGAGCUGGUGUCUGGAGGAGAGCUGUUCGACUUCCUGGCUGAGAAGGAGUCCUUGACCGAGGAGGAGGCCACACAGUUCCUCAAGCAGAUCCUGGAUGGAGUACACUACCUCCAUUCUAAACGCAUAGCACACUUUGACUUGAAGCCUGAGAACAUAAUGCUGCUGGAUAAGAAUGUUCCAAAUCCCAGAAUCAAGUUGAUAGAUUUUGGAAUUGCACAUCAAAUUAAGGAUGGAAAUGAAUUUAAAAAUAUCUUCGGAACUCCUGAGUUUGUUGCCCCGGAAAUUGUCAAUUAUGAGCCCCUCGGCCUGGAGGCAGACAUGUGGAGCAUUGGCGUUAUCACAUAUAUACUCUUAAGUGGUGCUUCUCCAUUUCUUGGUGAGACCAAACAAGAAACACUGACCAACAUUUCAGCUGUUAACUAUGACUUUGAUGAAGAGUACUUCAGCAACACAAGUGAGCUUGCCAAGGACUUCAUUCGCCGACUGUUGGUCAAGGAUCCCAAGAAGAGAAUGACAAUUGACGACAGUCUCCAACACCCCUGGAUCAAGGUGAUUAAGAGGCGCAAUGUGCGACCAGAGGAGAGUGAGCGCAAGCCGGAGCGUAGGCGUCUGAAAACCACCAGACUGAAGGAGUACACCAUCAAAUCCCACUCCAGCAUGCCUCCCAACAACACCUACAUUAACUUUGAGCGCUUCUCCCAGGUGAUGGAGGAGAUAGGUGUGGCCGAGGAUGGCCUGCGAGAGCUGGAGAAGAACCAGCGCUCAUGCAGAGAAGAUGUGGCUGCUUUGCUCUCCAUCUAUGAGGAGAAGGAAGGGUGGUAUAAAGAGGAGAACGAGAGCAUCGCCUCAGAUCUGAAUGAGAUCAAACAGGAGCUACAGAGAGCGCAAGCCCUUCGCAGACAGAGCCAGGAGGAGACACGGGCCACCAUGCUGUCAGCCAACGCCCUCAAACGCAAGUUUAGUCGGCUGGAGAAACGCUAUGAUGUGCUGGCUGAACAGAUGGUCUCCGAGGUGCGCUGGGUGGAAGAGCUGGUGCGCUCAAUUUCUGCUGAAAACGACACUCGCAGCACCGGCAUGGCAUGAGCCUCUCUGUUUGCUUUCUAAACGCGAUGACUAUCUUCUAUAUUUGCUUGGUAUGUGCAGAGUAGGUGAUGUAGAGUAUUAAACAGACCAUUGCAAUAAGCUUCAAGUCUUUAGGUUACUUUUGUUUACCCGUGCUCACAGAACAAAAGAACAAGCAAUGUAAAAUGUUUUUAUAUAAAGGCUGAUUGAUGGUGUGCAUGCGUAAAGAAUGAGCAAUUUGCCUGUGUAUUGCAUUAAGAGAGACCAUGCAAUUGCAGCUAUAGCCAACGGAUAGCACUUUCACUCACCACAUUAUAAAUAAAUGCUGGAUCAGUCGAUAAAAAAAAGUUUAUGUAAAUUAAAAUUAAGAAGAUGUGCCAGGUGUACUACUUAAAGAGAUAAUUUUCCCAAAAAUGAAUGUUGUGUCAUAAUUUACUCAUCCUUAUGUCAUUCCAAACCCAUAAGACUCUCUCAUUUUGCUCAUUGUCAUCCAGUGAAAGUGGAAUGGGACCAAACACAGCUGUGGUCACCUUUCACUGUCACUGUAUGGGAAAGAGCAGCUUUAAUAUUACAUUACAGAUCUAAUUUUAUCUUCCAAAGGGUGAGUAAAUGAUUUUUGGGUGAACUAUCCAUUUAAGUAUCAAUUACAAAAAGCACUUGAAGCAAAGCAAACUAAAUUUAUAUUGUGAAUAAUGUGCUACACAGUCCUCCAUGAGGAAUGAACAAAUCUCAGGAUUCAUAGGCUUAUAAACAGGUGUUGUUGUUGACAGUUGCUAAUGUUGUGCUGCACAUGCUAAUGUUGUGCUGUACUGAUGUGCUUCACCUAUGCAAAUGAAAUGCUAAUUUUGUGUUGUGAAACAAAGCGUUAAGCGAUGACUUAUCACGUACUAGUCCUAAAUGCUUUCUUGAAUUAUUUACAUAUACUGUAUCUAAUACUUUGCUUGAUUAAAAUUCAGGAAGCUGCUUUUGUAUCUUUAAAAAUUAAGAUGUUAUGCUUUUCUUACGCUCAAAACACACUUCAAACAUUCCAUUUUUCUUGCAUGACAUUCCAUGUGCAGAUGAGUGUCAAUAACUCAAUAAUAGGAAAUGAUUGCGCGCUCAUUUGUAAAGUCAUAGCAGUGCUCCCAUAUGUUAGUUUACAGUACUGUACUUUUCCAUUAUUAGUUUUUUUUUACAACAAAUUUGUAGGCAUAUUUCAAAAAGUUACCUUCAGAUUAAAGAAAUGAAGAAGAAUACAAUUGCAGUGUCUUAAUUUGGUGUGUCUUGGGCAAGGGGAGCACUGGGAGGUGAAGUGUAGAGUCUUACAGAUGCAAACAUUUAUCAUAAACUCUUUAUCUUAAUUUUCAACAUGUCUAGUGAUAUUAAAUGAGCCUGGUGGGCUAGGCCUACCCUAGAUUUUGUUUUAUUAUCAUGCAUUCGGUCUCAGACAUUGACUCAUUAGUCACUUCCACCUGAGAGAUCCCCUCUCUGAUUUUGUAUUGAACAGGAAGUUCUUGCCCCUAUUUCGCCAUUGCAAAGCCUUUCCUAUCAAACUAAUCGGAGAAUUUAAGUUACACCCUGUUAUCUUGCAUUUGCACUCGGUGUGGACAAAAGUGUUUUUAAUUUGGACACAUAUUUAAAUGUUGCCUCAAGCAUAUGGCAGAAUCCAAAAUUAUGUAUUAGUUUUUCUCGAUUGCUUAAACACUAAAGGCUUUUGAACUAAAAUUUCAAAACUAUUUAUCAAAAAGCACACCCAUUUCCCUAAACUAUAAACACUAUUCCCCUGUUUUGACACAUGAGUCAGAUUUGUUGAACUUUCACUGCAAAACUCUACACACAAAUCCAUUGCCUACACCAUGUGGUCAUUUAGAAAGUACUAGCAUUCAAUAUUGUUCACUCAAGUCAGCACAGCUUGAGCACAAUUAGCACACAAUUACCCAGGUGGAAACACUAAGAUUCAAAAUUGAUCACAAACCAAUCAGAACCUUCAAAAGAUAAAUAUAAGGGCCCGAGUCUGUUCACAUCUGCGUUCACCUCCUCCAGGUCAUGGAAGAAGCCUGCCUAGACAUUUCAGUUGAUGUGUGCUGGGGUGGAUCAGGCCUGCAAGAGGAUUUUACCCCAGGUCCCUGGCUAGGGCCAAUAUAGCCUGUGAUAUUGACAAGAUUCUCUGGCCUGUCCCAUACCAAAGAUGGGAUGCAGGGGCAGAAUACUUUUGUUUGGUGUGUUGUACUGUACAGUUUAAGGAAUAAAAAAUGUGCAAAUGUACAUUUGUGUUCAUGUGAAAAGAUUAAUGAGGGGGAGAACUACAAACAAUGUAACUUUUUUAUUACUGGUUUUUGUAGUAUUGUUUUGCAUUUCUCACAUAUGUUUUGAGGGCUUGUGUGUCAUGUCUAAGAGCAAAGUUUCAGCAAGAUUGAAUGGUUUUGAGUGGCGAGCUUAAUUUUGAUCUGAAAAUAGGAAGUUUGGGGAAUUGGGUGAGAAGUUAUAGAUUUGUGUUUAGUUUCCAGAACAGGAGGCGUAAUUUUGGGGUGGUGGAGAGCGAGUUGGAGGUAUAAAUGUGUGUGACUUAUUUAUAUAUAUAUUUUGUUUUGUGUAUAAACUCACAUGUGACCACAGGGAUGUUUGUUGUGGUCA